UCUUAAGCACGUUAAGAAAGCAAUAAAAUGUAUUUGAAAAUCAUAAUCUUGUUUUGUUUAAUGCACUUUUUUCUCUCGGUCAAAUCAGAAGAUCCGAUUGAAGUUGAGGUUAUAUAUUACAUAUGGAAGGAAAUCGUUCAUGAUUAUUUCAAUACUGACUUCGAUACAAUUAAUUCUUUAUUGCCUAAUUUUGCCAGAGAAAAAGUUAACGAUUGGCGUACAAAAAAUACACCAGAAAUGAGUAUGAACUACGACACAGUUAAGAAAAUGUGUAAAGACAUCUUCGGAUGGACUGAUAUGGAUGUACAAAAUAUAUGGGUGCCUACAGAAUAUAAUGGUUAUGUCAAAUUGGAUAAUAUGGAUUCUGAACUAAUUUCUAAUGUGGCUAAAAAAGAUAUCAGGGAUUGGAUCAAGACAAAUAUAACAGCAAUAAGUGUGAACUACGAAACAUUUAAUAAAAUGUGUAAAGCCAUCUUCGGAAAGAGUGAUAUAGAAAUAUAUAAUCUUUGGAUGAAAAUGGAACGUAGAGGUAGUUUUAUUGGCUUGGAUACAAUUAUUAACGAAUUCGUUUGUGAUGAGGCCAAAAAAGAUAUUAAGUAUUGGGCUAUGGACAAUAAUACAACAAGCAGUGUGAAUUUUGCAAGAUUUGAGGUAAUGAUGAAAAGUAUUUUUAGUAAGGCCGAUGGAGCUGAAAUUGUUAAAUUCAUAAGCGAUCCUGACACACUUGAUUCUUCUAAAGUAAAAGUAGACUAAAGUAGUAAAAACUAGAUUUCACUCGUUAAUUACUCUUCAAAUUUGU